CGCCUGAGCUGCUUGCUUGCAUGCUGUUGUGCGUCCGUACGCCACUUUCGCUUGCGCGGUGUAGCGUAGCCGUGGUGCAGCUCUCUUCUACAACGCUUUCCCGUGUGCUGGUAGUGUCGGCUCGCAGACGGUAGCAGGCUGCGAGAAAAAAAAAAAAAGAUAAGUCUAGCCGGAAACAAGCAAAAGGCAGCUAGCUACCACCGGUGCGGUGGUGCACUUACAACCAACUGUACCACUUCAACUACGACCACCAAGCAUCUCACCACACCGGCCGUGUCGCCUUCCCUCGCUCUCGGAGUGCUUUCUCCCUGCCCAGUGGUUUGUCCUGCCUGCAUGAGGUGGUCGUGACGCUGUGCCAAGGUAGUUUUUGGAGCAACGCUCCGGACUGAUUCUAUUUUUGCGGUGUUCAACCCCGUGCCUUCGGCUCGCGCGGCCCUCCAAACUCCUACGCCGGCGACACCUCGGCAACGAUCCGCGAUGGAGGAUCUGGACGCCCUGCUCGCCGACCUGCAGCAGACAACAGCGAGUCUGAGCAACGGCUCGUCGCCUAUGUACUCAAGUAUCAACAGGCCAGGAACCCUCGGCAAAGAUCACAACAUGAGCCACACCGUCACCACCGAGCGCUACGACUACAAACCCUCCUCGGACAAGAUGUCGCCCAUCUACCAGAACCAGUACAUCGUACGGGAAGUCACAACUACGACUACGAAUCGAACUGCUUCGCCAACGUCGCCACGCAGCCGUCGCCUCUUGGAUGGGCCUGCCAGUCCCCCAACACCUAGGCGCUCGCCCAUUUCCAACAACCUGUCAGAGCUGGACAACCUCCUGGAAGACCUCAACACGGCCAAGUUUCCACACCCAAUCACGCCUUCGCCUCCACCGUCUAGGAGCAGAGUGACUGAGGUUACCACCACUCGCGAGGUCUCUCAUAUGCCGAACGGGAGGUCCCUCUCGCCGUCGUCGCCAGUUCGGUACCGGCCGCCCUCGUCGCCACGUUCUUACGAGAUGGAACCUGCAAUGGAGAACCUCCUCGAUGACCUCCAGAAUGCUGUUCCACAGCCAAGUCGAGGAAUUCCAAAGACACCACAGAGCCCCAAGCCACCACGCAGCUAUGGCGCUCCAACUCCAACUGCUUCCUCCGCAACCAAAGAACUUGAUGACUUGAUGGCAUCACUUUCAGACUUCAAUCUGAACGGGCCACAGGCUCAGUCACCCAUCCAGUCCCAGCAGCGUCAGCAGCUGCACGGCUCUCCGACUCCCGUGAGCGACCCGGCAUACGCCAAGCCCCACCGGCUGAACCGGCCCAACCAGCCGCCCGGCAACAAGCUGGAUUCCAUGUUAGGCACCCUUCAGUCGGACCUUACCAAGCAAGGAGUCACCACGACGGCCAAGGGACACUGCUCCGCAUGCUCCAAGCCCAUCGUGGGCCAGGUGGUCACCGCCCUUGGUCGCACAUGGCACCCCGAGCACUUUGUGUGUGCUCACUGCAACCAGGAGCUGGGCACCAAGAACUUCUUUGAGCGGGACAAUGAGCCCUACUGCGAGACAGAUUACCACAACAUCUUCUCUCCACGAUGCGCCUACUGCAACGGUCCCAUACUUGAUAAAUGUGUGACCGCCCUGGACAAGACAUGGCAUCCAGAGCACUUCUUCUGCGCCCACUGCGGGACGCAGUUUGGAGAGGGAGGAUUCCACGAGAAGGACGGCAAGCCUUACUGCCGCGACGACUACUUCGAGCUGUUCGCACCCAAGUGCGGUGGCUGCAACAGGCCGAUCACGGAGAACUACAUCUCGGCCCUGAACGGCCAGUGGCAUCCCGAAUGCUUUGUCUGCCGCGACUGCAGGCAACCGUUCAACGGCGGCAGCUUCUACGACCACGAGGGGCAGCCCUUCUGUGAGACGCACUACCACGCCAAGCGGGGCUCGCUGUGCGCGGGCUGCCACAAGCCCAUCACGGGCCGCUGCAUCACGGCCAUGUUCCGCAAGUACCACCCUGAGCACUUCGUUUGUGCCUUCUGCCUUGGCCAGCUGAACAAGGGCACCUUCAAGGAGCAAAAUGACAAGCCGUAUUGCCACGCCUGCUUCGAGAAGCUCUUCGGUUAAGAAGCUCUGUGGCCGAAGGGGUUCCUACAGUCCCACCACCUGGACACAGAUAGCGUCGCUGCCGCUACUACUGAACAUUGUAGUCGAUGACAAGCUGAGAAUGCAGUGUAAUAAUAAGCCAGUGUUCAAACUAUAGAAUGGGAAUUCGAACAGACAUACCAUCUAGGUAUAUUGACUUGCUUUAGGGGCCUGCAUUGAAGGCUCCAACAGGCGAGGUGCUGUGCUGUUAAGCAUAAAUGUGCGAGAUCAGUCCCCGGCUAUUGUGGCCAGGUUUCCGAGAGGACGAAAGGCAAAAGCACCUGCAUGCUUCGAUUUUGUUGCACGUCGAAGAACCCCUGGUGGUCAAAGUUAAAGUGAUAUCCAUCACUACGAUGUGGCUUAUAAUUACCGUGCUUCUUGCAUGAAAAAACACAAAAAUAUUGUUUGCUUUCAGAGACUUGCUUCGGCAUCGGUUGUGGCCAGAAGUGAUUUCUUUCGUUGUCGACCUGUAGUGUGGUCUCUGUGACUGCGGUACUUUUCUGCCUAGCAUGAGGUCAUAGGUUUGACUCCGUGCUGCUGCGAGCAGGUUCCGGCAGGUGCAGAAUGCAAAAGCACUCUUGCACAUAAGCAAACAUCAAAUGGCUUCAAAUCAUUCGAAGAUCCCAGCCGUGGCAUCUCUCGUAGCCGUUGUGUUGCUUUGGGAUGUCGCACUCUCCAAUUAAAUAUUAUUUUAUUUUUCAAAAUUCAGAGUAUCUCUUGUAAAUUAUAGUUUUGAGCAUCUAGGAACUUGAGAUAGAACUCGAAUGCUCUUUUGUGUCAGGCAAAACUUGAUACUGAUUUCUUAGGUUGUCACCCAGCCCACACGUCGUGGUGCUGAAGGACUUCUGCUUGGACUGAGCCUAAAGCUUGUCUACUCAACUUGCCUUCUUUUGUUGGAACCUUCCAUUUUAGAACAGUUGCUGCUUUCAUGAGAGGUGCAAAUUGCGAAGGGAUAAAAUGCGAAGAUGUUUGCGAAAAUGCUUGCAUCGCGAAAGUUGUGGAUUGUUUGUGGCACUUAAAAUGCUUAGGUGAUUUUUAUGUGUGACACGUUCGAAUGUAUACCAAGCAAUUGCUCACAAGCCAAUCUCCUCUGAUUUUUACUGGCACUGAAGACUGUUUUGUAACACUACAAAGAGUCUGGAUUAUUGCGUCCUCUGUACCUUUAUGCCACAUUUUUGUCUUAUUUUGUGCAAUCAUGCCAGACAAACUCAAGACAUGACGAAACAAGGCAGAGUGUUGUUUACAUCUGGUUGCUUGAAGUUGCCACCUGUCGAAGUUGCAACCUGUUGAAUACAUAAAGGCGACACGUGCACUGGCCAGUAGGCUACUUCCAGUUUGUUCUUUUCAGUUUACAUCUCAGUUUGGAGCAGUGUUGUUGUGACUGUUCUGUUCGAACUUUCCGCAUGCACUAUGUAAUAACACCGGCUGUUCGUGCGCUGUGCACUACAUUUUAGAAGGACAUACUAUAGGGGCACUGGAACGUGCAAACAUGACAAGACUACGACUACGACAGUUUUGCCUGUUGGGUUCAGGAGUAGUGGCAGCAGCAGCAGUUACUCAACUGCAGAAAGUGGGUGGGUACUUUGAUGCAUUUUCUUUCGGCUAAUGUUAAGUUUUUAGCCUGUAUUUUCUCCUUUUUUUUUCUUCUUUUUUGCGACAAUGAUUGUUAUGUUUUGUACUGUCAACUAGUUAAUAGGUAAGUGUAUAAUAGCCCUUCCUUCCUGAUGCUAUGUGGGAGUCGUGCCUCGCAACCAACUUGCAGUCAAAUAUGAGAAGGCUGUGUUGUUACUGGGAGUUUCUGUCCCCAUUUGAUGCUUCAACUGGGCCGUCUAUUAGUUGAUGUAGCGGUCUUAACAAGUCCCAGUAGGGCAGUCCGAUACUUCUUUUGCGACUGGCUCGCCGAUGCUUCCAACAUGCCAUGAGUAGAGUUUACAGACUGCAAGAAUUGUUCAUCGUGAUGUAUAUUUUGCAAGCCUGUGGCUUUAGCCUAACAAAACUGUAACUACUGGCAGAUAUUUGCACUUGCAAAGAAUCUUAUAGCAGCCUCGCCCAUCUGUUGGGGAACAGAUGCGCACAUUGUCGAAAACUAUGUUUUGCUUCGAGCGCAACUUCUCUGCAAAAUAAUUGGCAAUUCUAGUGAAAUGUGCAUGUGCUUGCUACCCAAAGGUUAGGCUCAUUUAGAGAACAUUGCCUUUUAGCUAAAUGUUUCUUGACAGGCUUAGUGCUCCAUGAUGUUUUUAUUGUUGGUAUUUUAAAUGUGGUCCUUUUAUGGGGGGGGGGGGGGAUGGAUGCUAUAUGACAAUUCUUUACCCCUUUUCUGUCGAUAUAUACAUGUGCAAUGCAUUAUAUCUUUAUUGUCCUGUCCUCCAAGCUGCUUGUAAACAACUUUUUCUCAUCUUGUUUGAUUACAAGAGUGCCUAAAGCAGAAAUUGCGAGUGAUUCGAACAUUUACAGUGAGCAGAAGGCUAUAUCUCUGCUGUCAGCAAAAUGACUGAGCCACCACAGUCUUUUCACAUUCAGAGAUCACAAUGGUAUCUAUAUUGUUAAAUGAAAAAAAUCGCAUUGCUACAGCAAGUGUUACAGUGCAAAAAGAAAUUAUACUUGAAUUACUUAGUCAGUGACGUAUAAUGCUCUGGUCAAUUUCUGGUGCCUUCUAUGGCACAUAAAACAAUCUUACCUUUGCCACGCACUACAAACACCCUUAAAGUAGACAGCAACAGGCUUCAUGAUGCUAUUUCCAGCCUUGUCUUUUCCGUAACCGCUGAAUGAAAUUCCGGAGUUUGGCAGUUCUCUGAUAAUGUGACCCUAGGUCCCGUUGCUGGAUAAGUUUACAGAUUGAGAUGACAGUGCAAUGUAAGGAACAUAAGAACACCUCUUGUUGGCAGCCUUGGCUGAAAUUGGUAUUUGGCACAGUUCUGCAUUUUUAAGUUUGCAAUACAAUUUGUACUCACAUACUUUAUUCUCACCAGUUCACUGGUGGUUCUGUGUAUAAGGUGGUUUUACUGUAUCAUCUGUCUAGUGUAGCAACACAUUGUGCCAACGAAUUCUACUCUUCCAGGAAUGUAUGCUGCUCAUGUCUCUAUCCCAACGAAAGCGUAGCUCAGUCAACAUAUGACUUUAACGACACAAAAGGCUCACGUACUGACAAAUGCUACUUGACACACUACUCUCAUUUUUCAGUUGUUGGCUGGUACCUGAAUUUUCUUUCUUUUCUCUAGUGUUGAUGUUCUUGUUGUUUCCCUUUCAAAGUAAGUGUUUGUGUGCACCUCAAAAGGUUGUGGUCUGUGCGGGGCACACACUGCCCCAAUGUCAUGGCAAAACGAUGUGAAUUGCACCAUUCAGAACACGUGAUUCAGUCUUUUGGCAGCCACUACACUAUGUAGGACAUUUUAGACUUUGGAGUCAGUUCUAGCAAUCCUGAAGAUUUCUUGUGCGCCCAAGGCUUGUUUAGCGUUUAUCAUUUCAUGUUUUAAUUGUAUACUGUAGCGCACUCGUGUUUUAAAUUUUGGUGCAGUCAGCACGUGGUAACCCUGCUGCACGGAUAUGCGCAAGGCACAUACAAAUGUCUUGGCAACUGCACUGUACUUGCAUACACGGGGUGAUGACACGAUAUUUAAGCCUGGGGUUUCUAUCAGUCUUUUUAUACAUACUGUAUACAUACUAUAUACAUUAUAUAUACAUUACCGCAGGGUGAUGCUACAAGAACUUGGGUGGGAUUCUCUCUUAGUGUAAUAACACAUGUGUUUUGGUAAUAUUGCUGAGUGUGCUAGGCCUAAUGAGCACUAUUUCUCCAUCGUAAAAGUCAUCCACGAAUGUAGAAGUUGCUAAGUCAUGUUGAAGUUGUGUUGUGCACUUUUCACACUGUAAUGAAGGCUGAACAGUCUGUGUAUGUGUGUGUCUUUGAUGAUACGCGAAGCAAUUUGUGCAAUUUUUAGUGCUGCCACCAUUGUUCACUAUCAGUGUUCUACUUUUUUUCCCUGAUUGGUGAAAGCUGCUACCACCUUCACAUUGUGACUGUAAUGUCGAGGCCUAACAAAGGAAGCCUUUGUUUGUUA